AUGCCAUCCUCUGUUUCCACAGAGCCCCGGGUCUUGCGGUUUCCUAGGUCUGACGAGACUGAUUAUUUUGUGCUUAUUCACGUCUCAUGUACCGGUCCUGCUCCGCUUGACUUGACCCUGACAGCUACUGAGGGGGAGUCGCCCUAUAUUAGCUUAGUGAAACAAGCACGCUUAAAAGACUUGAGAGCAAAGAACUAUCAAGGAUCAAAUGAAGAAUGGCUUCAGACUGUCUCCCUUGUCUUGGGACAGAGCUCUGCCCCUCUUGAUGGGCCGGACUGGGCCACUGGUCUCGAGGCCUCUGCCAACAUCUCCGGUUCUGGCGAAGUCAAUAAAGAACUGGUGAUCACGAUACGGAAGAGGGUGCAGACUAUUACACAACGGCUCGGUACUUUUAUUCUCAAGCAAGACGAUGAACAAGCUGUCGAGCUCUUCGAAUGGACAGGACUUGCUGCCGCCAGAGCUGAUGUGCUAGAGCAAGAAGUAUCUAGCUUGACCAGCCGUUAUCGCCUUGCGGAGAAUACUAUACAUAGAUUGAAUGAGCAGCUUCAAGAGCUUAUGGAUGCGAAAAUCCAGCAUGAGAACCGAUUGAUGGCCAACUUUGUGCAGGUAUUGAAUGAGAAAAAGCUCAAGAUUCGCAACCAGCAGCGUCUUCUAGCAUCCGCAACUGUGGAUGCCACUAGAGUUUCUCAGAUACAAGCUAGCAUUUCCGAAGAGUCACAUGGGCUCGCCGAGAAAGCUCGCCAGCGAAAGAAAGGCUCCCACAAAAUGAGCGAUACAGAAGACUCUGAUGGGUUCGAACAGAUGAACAUUGAUCCCGCAAAAAGCGACCGAGUUGAUACCAAUGAUCAAGACACCGAUGAUGAAGGGCGUUCCACCCCUCAAGAUAGCUCGACAGAUGACGAUUUAUCGCAAGAUGACUCAGUUCAGCAGAAGCGGGCUUCCCCAGCGAGAGACACCGCUCCGCCACCGAGAGACUUGCCAUUUGCUAGAAGGACCGCUGUGCCAACCCAGGCAAGAGCUCAGACCGUGACCCACGAAGAUGAAGAAACUGCAGGAGAGACGGACGAUGAUGAGCUUUGA